CAAUUAUGGACCAGCUUUUUUUAGUCCAACUCUUUCACUCAGGGUGACAUUAUUAAAUUUUUGCGUGUCUCGUCAGUUAAGUAUUUUUUUAUUUAAAUAAUUUUCCGUAUCUAAUUGAAAUAGUUUUUGAAAUUAAAGUUAAAACGGUGAAAUAUGGGAAACGUAAUUUCUUGGGUGACUGAUUCAGCCGCGAUCCCUGCAAAUUGGGCAGGGCUAAUCAUCGCAAUUUCGGCUUUGUACAUUAUUUGGAAACUCGUUAAAAAUCGGAGAUAUCUUUACUGCGUGUGGAAAACAUUGCCGCGGGAUUUUGGCGCUUUGCCCCAGCUAAUCAAAGUGAAGCGGGACCUGCGCCAUUUUCAGGGGAAGAAUUCCACCGUUUUUACCGCUUUCGACACCAUCGUGAAACAAGAUCCGAGCAAAACUGUGCUUUAUUUUGAAGAUUUCCAAAUGACGGCGGAACAAGUGCAGCAGUUGAGCCACCGAGUCGCCAACUAUUUCUUAUCCCAAGGCUACAAGAAGGGCGACGUUGUUGGUAUCUUCAUGGAAAACUGUGCUGAAUUCGUUCCCCUGUGGGUGGGCCUUAAUCGGGUUGGAAUUAUCGCCGCCUUGAUAAAUUACAACCUUCGUCUCACCCCAUUGAAGCAUUGUAUUGAAGCCGUCCACUGCAAAGCGGUCAUUUUCAGUCCAAGUUUAAGUCAUGCUUUAAAGGAGCUCAUGGAAACGACCGGCGCUUUGGCGGGAGAACCGAAACUGUUCUGUUUUAAUGAAACCUCCUCCCGCUCCUCGACUAUCCAACCCGCCCUCCAUUUUGCCGAACGGUUAGACCAACUCGUCUCAAGUUCCCCGUCAUGCCCGCCCCUCGUCACGGAAUCGAUCGGUUUCGGGGACGUUGCCCUCUUUAUCUUCACCUCAGGCACGACAGGACUUCCGAAGGCGGCAUCGAUCAAACACUCCCGCUGUUUUCUGUUCGCCACGGGAUGCUUCCAUGGGACCCGGUUGAUGCGAAGUGACAGAAUUUAUACAUCCCUCCCUCUGUAUCAUGGGUCCGGAACGUUGGCGGGAAGUGUGCUCAUGCUAAUUUACGGACCUGCGCAGGUCAUCAGAGGGAAAUUUUCGGCCUCAGGGUUUUGGAGAGAUUGUGUCAAGUAUAAAGCUACGGCGGCGCAGUACAUCGGUGAAACGUGCCGCUACAUGCUCGCCCAGCCAGCCACACCCCUCGAUAAGUACCACACGGUUCGCGUCAUGUAUGGAAACGGGUUACGGGGAGAAAUUUGGGGCGAUUUUGUGGAACGAUUCGGCGUCAAAAUUCAGGAAUUUUAUGGCUCCACGGAAGGAAAUUGCGGAAUGGCAAACAUGGACCACACCAUCGGAGCGGUCGGUUUCACUCCGAUCUACCUGCCGAACUUGCUACCCAUCCGUUUAAUCCAGGUCAACGAGGAGACCGGUGAACCUAUCAGAAACCCGAAAACCGGAUUUAUUCUUACGUGUGACACAAACCAGGUGGGCGAAGUGGUCGGAAGAAUCAUUAAGAAAGAUCCACUCGCGGAUUUCGAGGGGUAUGCCGACAAGAGUUCGACACAAGGAAAAAUUUUACUCAACGCAUUUCGAAAUGGCGACGCCUGGUUUCGCUCAGGCGAUAUGAUGGUCAGAAAUGAAAUGGGAUAUUUCUACUUUCGUGACAGAAAAGGGGACACGUUCAGAUGGAAAGGUGAGAACUGUUCUACCACCGAGGUUGAAAGCAUCAUCAGUACUGUUACCGGAUUAAAGGGGGCUGUCGUCUUUGGCGUUGAAAUUCCCGGGGCGGAUGGUCGUGCCGGAAUGGCGGCCAUAUCCGAUCCUGACAAUUCUCUGAAUUUGGAAAAAUUAGCGGACGGGGUAAUAAAAUCUUUGCCAAGUUACGCGAGACCUCUUUUUGUACGAAUUAUCAGAACCGAGUUGGACAUGACAGGAACGUACAAGCUAAAGAAGAAUGAGUAUCAAAAAUCAGGUUUUGACAUCCACCUUUUUCAAGAUCCGGUAUAUUUUUUUAAUGGAAAGUGUUACACCAUUUUGGACGAGGACUUGUACGAAAACAUAAUUUCUCAAAAAGUCAGAGUGUAAGGAAGAAGUUUAUUUUGCUUGAGAGGUAUCCUAUGUAUGUACAUACAAAAAUACAAAAGUUGUGUAAAAAUUGCGAAAAAUUGUAGAUGCGAAUUGUGUAUGUAGCUAAUUUUUCAAAUUGUGAGCAUCUGUAGAUUCUAAAAAUCUUUGCAGUACAUAUCUUGUUAGAUAAAUAUUCCCUUUUACAUUCAUACAUAAUUCCAAAUAUUUAUUUUCUAAGUGCGGCAUGUAUAAAGUAUCAUCCUAUGUAUGCACAUUUGUGGGCAGUAAAUGUAUUCAUAAAUACAUAUGUAUACAUAUAUGGGUCAUUUAAU